CUCAACUUCAUCUUCUGAACAUUUCAAACACUUCGCUCCUUCUUCUUCUUCCUCCUUUUUUCCUCAGAAAAUCUUCAUGGCCAACCCAGUCGACGUUUCUGCCAUCAAUCGCAUCAAAUUGCAUCUUUUCGGCGAACUCUCUCCCCUCCCACCCUCUAACCUCUGCUUUCAAUUUAACGGACCAAACCCAACUUCUUCUCCAUCAAACUCUCUCUCUUCUCAAUCUUCCAGUUCCGAUUCUUCAUCCACAGAGGAACGAGCAUUCACUGAACUCUUCGAGUUCGCAACCGCUUCCGCGGAAAAUCAAUUUCCCCUCUUCGAACAGCAAACAUCGGUGUUAGACAUCAGUUUUUCAAACACAGAGACAACAUCGGACCCUGCACCUCAAACCGUGGAGAAGAAACCUCAAUCGAAUCGAAAACCAUCGUUGCAAAUCUCCCUCCCGAAGAAGACCGAGUGGAUCCAAUUCGGAGACCCAGAGGUAACCGAAACGGUGUCGCAUAAUGAUUCAAACGCAGAAGAGAAGAAGCACUACAGAGGAGUCCGACAGAGACCGUGGGGGAAGUACGCUGCGGAGAUCCGAGACCCGAACAAGCGAGGAUCCAGGGUGUGGCUCGGGACAUUCGACACGGCUAUCGAAGCCGCCAAAGCCUACGACCGAGCCGCGUUUAGGCUUCGCGGCUCCAAAGCCAUCCUCAACUUCCCGCUGGAAGCCGGCGCCGAAGAACGAAAGCGCCACAGGGAAGAGGCUGAGGAGGAAGUCGUGAAGAGGAACAAAACGGCGGAAUACGACGUUAGCGGCAUUAAUGAUACUCCGUUAACGCCGUCUAGCUGGUUAGGGUUUUGGGACAGUGAUUUAAAGGGAAUUUUCACCGUGCCGCCGUUGUCGCCGUUAUCUCCACACCCGCCGUUGGGUUAUCCACAACUAAUGGUUGUGUGAAAUUCCCUUUUAUUUUUUCUCGUGCUUUCCUGUUUGUUAAAACCUGUUAAUACAGGGUACAUACCAUAAUUUUCUCGACAUCAUUUUAUUUAUUUAUUUAUUCAAAUUAUUGCAUUAAUGUUACUAUUUAAUUUGAUAGGAAGGAAAAUAUGUAAAAAAAAAAAAGAAAGAUAAAUAUAAUUUUUCCUAAAAUUUAUCAUUUUAAUGAUCUAUAUGAUUCA